CUGUCUUAAAAAAGUUCCCUGCGAUCACCCUGUCAUGAUGAAGCUCACACUGACCGCUCUCACUGCUCUGUCGAUUUUUGCUGCUCUGGUAUUAAUGACGCACGGCCAGCAGAGUGGAAAGAGCAUGGGAAGAGGACGCGGAAGAGGCAGGGGAAGAGGACGCGGCCACGGACCGAACCACGGCGGCGGAGAGACUACAACGAUGAGUCCCUACUCGUGUUUCACGAGAGAUGAUGGCACCUGCGAUGAUAAUGGUGAAAACACGUGCCCCUGCCCGACUGGGUUCUACCGAUGUGCCGGCCGCUGCUAUACUGCUGUCACCGAAGCGCUCUUCUACGAGGCGGCAGCGGAGAGGUGCGCCAGCCUCGGCGCCCAUCUCGCCACGCCCAGGAGCGCAGAGGAGAACAAUUGCACUGCCAGUCCGGCGCUGACGGUGCCGAACUUCUUCUGGAUGGGUUUCCGCGGCAACUCGAGCGAGGGUGCCUAUGUGGGCGAAGAUGGAUGCGGGCCAGUUGGUAAUUUCUCCAGCUGGCCGUCCGGCGUAGAGCCUAAUCCCGUUGAUAACUGGUGUGUGCAUAUUGGCAUCGUUCUUGACGAAAUCAUUUGGGCAGAACUCCAAUGCGACAGCGGGUUGUUCCCUGCCGUCUGCCAGCUAGACGGCUGCUACCGCCCCGACUGUCUCUAAAUGUGCCAUAAAUGCCGAUCCUAGCGACCAAACAAGCGCCGGAAUACUGAUUCUUGUAUCUUGAUCAGCUUGAUCCUGGAUAACCGAUUUGAUCCCGUGAUUCUAGAGUCGAUGGACCAAUACCCUAGUGCAUAAGAAACAUUGGAACGGUGCUCUUAGCGAAAAUUCAACUGCAUUCUAUUCUUUAACAUGAGUAUCGUUGGUGGUUGGUUUUCUACACAUUGCCGUUUGUGGUUGACAAAUGGAGCGGAAAGAUAAAAUCCGCCAGCACAUUUAUUUCAAUCGUUUCUUCGCAACCUUUU